UCUAGCGAUACCAGGCUCAUUUCAUGAAACAUGGUUCAUGAAUUAGCCUUGCGUGGCGAUUGGCUUCAGCCGACUCAAAAAGAGACGUACGAGACGUGUCUGCGGGAGGAAGACGGUUGCCUUCGGCGACUUUUGGAUAGCACGUUACCACAAACGGUACGUCAGUCCAGGAUUCCGCUUCCUCGGAUACCAUGCAGCUCCCGUGGCUCAUAUGCCACUUGACAAUCGUUACCGCGGCUCCAAUGCUUUCGCCGUCGUCGUUCCUGCGUGUCUGGAGGAUCGUGAACAUGAUGAACGACACUGACGCCGACCACCACGAAAAUCGGGAGUACAGAGUUUGUGAGAGCGCUUACUGCUACGAGAUCGCGAAGAAAAUCCAGCAAAACCGUGAUACGACCGCGGACCCCUGCGAAAAUUUUUAUCAAUACGCUUGCGGCUCGUGGAGCAGGCAGAAUCCAAUACCGGACAACGAAGUCGAAUGGUCCGAGGAUCAAAUUGUCAUAGAAAAAACGAACAGACGAAUCAAAGAACUCCUCGAAGAACACGACAGUCCCACGGAUAUUCCGCCCGUUAAAAUGGCCAGGAAAUUCUACCGUUCCUGCAUGGACGUAGAUGCAAUCGAGAGAAGGGGCGUUAAGCCGAUUCAGGAGAUCCUUGAUCGUACCGGAGGAUGGCCAAUGGCGAUGCCACUGGACGAAUGGGAUCCUGAUGGAACACCCUGGCAGAAAAUUGACAAGGAAUAUGUGACAUUGAUCGGGAACAGUGCUUUCUAUAACAUCGAGUAUGAAAUCGAUUUGAAUGACACGAAGCGCUACGUGUUGACAAUUGAUCAGGAAACCGAAUAUCCUUUGUCGAAUAAGAGGGAUUUAAAUAAAAUAUUCUACGAAGACGACGAAUAUGAGAGUGGUAUCUUUCGCAUAGUCCAAGCUUUCGCAAGAGAGAAAGGAUACACUUUAAAUCGUCGCCAGUUAGCCACGGAUAUAGCAAAAAUGGUGUACUUUGAGAUCGAACUGCUGCGAAUCAUUGAAACUGGAAAGGAAAUACACACUAUUAGUAACAAUUACAAAAGAAUGACCGUCAGAGAAUUGCAAAAGUAUUAUAAUAAUUCCGGUAUAGCCUCAUCUACAGCGAAGAUAGACUUCCUGGAAGUGAUACAACACGCAUUCAACCUGGCGAACGUUCGCAUAAACUCCUCCGAACCUGUUGUAGUCUACAAUCCGGAAUUCCUACACAAGCUGGCCAGGCUACUUGCAAGCACAUCUCGACGUGUGCUGGUGAACUACGUGCAAUGGAACAUGGUGGACAAAUUCCUGCCGUAUACUACUCAAAAGAUGAGGGACAUCAAGUUCAAUAUAUCAUUCUCGUCGUACAACGUGUCCAAUUAUACACCACGGUGGAAAGUUUGUGUGCUCAAUCUGAGAAUGAAGAACGCGAUUGCCUACAUGUUCGUCAAGAAAUACAUCUCGGAUCACGUGAUCCACGAGGCGACGAGAAUGGUGAAGAAAAUAAAGGACGAGUUGAAAAUCCGCAUUGGACAGGCUCAUUGGCUUUCGAACAGUAUGAGAGUGAAACUGAUGCAGAAGCUGGACAAUCUUGAGACGCAAAUUGGUUACCCAGAUUGGUACAGGGAUAACGAGGCUGUCAACCGAUAUUACGAUGGGCUUCAAAUAGGUUCGAACUACUUCCAAAAUGUUCUAAACACCGAAGAGAACGAAUUAAUUAAAAGCCUGCAGGAGUUCCGAGAGGUCGUUGUAAGAGAUCAAUGGUUGGAUUUCCCCACGACAGUUAACGCAUUCUACGCUCAGACGGUCAACGCAAUACUCAUACCAGCGGCUGAACUGCAGGAUCCUUAUUUCUCUUCACAUUUGCCAGACGCUAUUAAUUACGGAACCACUGGAUUUGUAAUUGGACACGAAUUGUCCCACGGUUUCGACAACGAAGGAAUACAGUUCGACAAAGAGGGCUACAAAAUCCCGUGGACAUCCGAGUACGCGUCACAAUACGAGGAACGAUCCAUGUGCUUUGUCGAUCAGUAUGCCAAUUAUACUCUCGAUAUCACGAACGAGGAUGGAGACCACGUUAAGCUGGAUGGAUAUCUAACCGAGGAUGAAAACAUAGCGGAUUCAAUCGGCAUACAAAUUGCGUAUUCUGCGUACAAGAAAGCAGCGAAACAGAAGAUUCAAAAUAAACUACCAGGCCUGGAACAUAUGUCCAACGACGAACUCUUUUUCUUAUCUUUCGCAAACUCCUGGUGUUCCUCGACGAGACCGGAAUACGAGGCGGACAUGGUCAACAGCGACGAGCACAGUCCUGCGAAAUAUCGCAUCAUAGGUUCCCUCUCCAAUUUGGCCGCGUUCUCGAAAACCUUCAAAUGCCCGCGGAACAGUUCCAUGAAUCGACGUCACAAGUGUACGUUGUGGAAUUAAUUGUUAAUACCUUCGAACGAAGCACGGACAGAAAUAGAGUAAUUCGCUAGUUCACUAAUUUACUAAUUUUCAACAAAACAUUUCUACGAUCUGUAAGCAACAAAGUGAAUGACUUGUUAUCUCUAAUUUAAUUUGAAAGGAUUUGUCAUGUCUUUACGUUUAAAAACCUCAGUUCGCGAAGAAAAUAAUUUUAAGAACAAUUAGUGUUGCAGGAAUUUAACAAAGAUCCAGGAGAAAUUAAAAAUAUUAUUUUUAAAUAA